AUGGCUAUUAAAGGUGAAGUAAAAGCUAAAGGCAAAAUGAAAUAUGCCCGUUGGUCCCUUUUUGCCUUUAAUAUCGUCUUUUGGAUUAUGGGAAUUACGACUGUUGGUGUUGGAGUCUGGAUAUUAAUUUCCAAUGCCAACACAUCGGUUUUAACAAAUAAUUUAUUUAGAACUGGAACGAUUCUAGUUAUUGUGUCUGGAUGUUUUAUUGGCUUAAUCGGUUUCUUGGGAUGGUUCGGUGCUUAUCAAGAACAUGCAUGUCUGAUUGGGAUGUUUACUAGCGGUUUAAUUAUCGUCUGCCUAUUAGAAAUUGCAGCUGGAGUUUGGGCAGGUGUAAAUCAAGGACAGGAAAUACAAAAAUUAACCACGUCAUUAAUAACUGACGUAAUCGAAAAAUAUGGUAAACCAUCGAAUGCACCACUUUCUAAGGCUUUAGAUGCAAUCCAACAUCGAUACUUUUGCUGUGGUGCUAACAACUAUACCGAUUGGGCUCAGUCGUUAUGGAAUGCAAAUAAGGAUUUUAAACCCUAUGCAGUACCAUCAUCAUGUUGUAGACCUGCAUAUUACGUGGAUGGAUGUGGCGAGGAUUCUAGAGUACGAAAUGUAACCAACCCAGCCGGAGGAAUUUAUACUCGAGGAUGUCAAUUUGCUAUUCGGCAGCACAUCAGUGAGCACAGUGGAGCUAUUCUUGGUAUUGGCAUCUCGGUAGCAAUUGUUCAGGUAUUUGGAAUUUUUUGUUCAGUUUUGUUACUUGAUUAUUAUCGCCAUUACGAAGAUGAACCAAGUGAUGUUGAUGAAGAAACUAGUCUGAAAGGAUCCGAACCAAAAGAGAAUUUAGUCCUGAAUGAGAAAACGCCAAUACCAUCCGAGGAUUCAAAUAAGAUUAUUGAUGAAAGUACAGCUCCUGUGCCACCAAGUAAUGGCUCAGGUCCAUUAUCAGGAGAAGAUGAUCAUAGCAAAUCGCCGAUAUCAUCUGAUGUUGAAUCCGAGAAUAUCCAGAAAGUUCCAGCUCCUGAAGAACCUCAUAGUCCAAAUGUUGCCCAACCUACAGCAGAACCAUCUCCAACCACCGAUAAUAUUGAUUCAGCACCAUCUCAAGAUGCUCAUCAUGUCGAUGCAUCGGUUAAAGAAGUCGAUGUAAGCUCAGAGUCGGCACAAAAACCUGCUUCGUUACCAACAGAUAGUGAUGAUCAUCAUCAAUUAACGGGAAGCGAAAUACACCAUGAGGAACAUGAACCUUCGAGUUCAACAAUUCAUGUCGAAGUCAACGUACCUGCAGAAUCAAAUCACGCAGAUCCAGUUGAUACAGCAACUACAGUCCAUCAUCAAGAAGAAAAUGAAGACUUGGAAUACGAAAAUGCAGCAUUUUAA